AGACUCUUUUUGCAGUUCAAGCUUUGCCAUAGCCAUCGAUUGUGCCGUUUGGCCUUCCAUGUCGGUCAACGAGGCUGUCAAGGCGCUGCGGGAAGAGCUUUUGUGGGAGUGGUCCCAAUUCCGCAACGAGCUAUUGAGAGACCUGGCAGAGCUGAUGAGCACAAAAGCACAGGUACCUGCUUGCACCCCAACAAGCAGAUCUGCUGACAUUGCAGUGUUCGAAGACUUGGCGGAGGCAACGAUUUGCGUGCCUUCUAGCGGCGACACUCAGGUGAACAGCGAAAUCUUGAAGAUGACGCAAGCCAGCGCAGAUGCUGUUGAGAGGAAGCAGAGACGCCGUAGGAAGGCCAAGGUGCACUUCUACAGGUUGGACGCAUCAGAGGCUGACCAGGGUGCAGAUGAACUGACUGCCCCGCCCGCGGCUUUCGAGAUCUUUGACACGCGCCAUGACAAUGAUAAUGAUGAUGACGACAAGGCGCUGAGUUCGCAGAGCUAUUUGUGCGCAACGGCUCCUGACUGGGAGCUGCAGACUGCUUCGGGCCAGCUGAAGGUGAGCUAUGAGGCUGGCCCUUCGCUGCAGAUGCUGCCGACAGAUUUGCUCACUCGGGUGGCGCUUAUGAUGCAGCCACGUGAGCUCUUGCAGAUGCGCGCAGCGCUCCGCCAAUUCUGCAUUCGAAUGACACGCGUGCCCCACGUCCAUGCGCACUGUCAAUUCAUGCUCCAUGGUCUCCAGCCCACAUUCUGCUUAUUGUCGUUGGCUGGCAGCUAUGGCAGUAGAGAGGUUUCUGAGGUUGCUUCUGGCGAGUGAGCAGGACUUGCGGGCGAGGGUCGUACGCCAAUCUGGUCCAGCUGGCUGUGAAGAGGAUUCCGGACAUCGGCGAGAACAAGUUUUCCGGCAAUGGCUCAUUGCGUCAGAAGAACUGCUGAAAACGCUAGUGUCGCUCGAGGCCGAAUACCUCCCGAUCAAGAGUACCCUUGCGCAGCCGAAACCGAUGGUGCUACAAUGACACGGAAACUCGGGCGUGCUUCGCGAAAGAUGACGGAUCGCGCUACUCGAGCAAAACAAUGGAGAUGGGUGCCAUCAGUUCACCAUGCUCGGCAGCAUCUCCGCAUCGCUUUGCCCGUUCCUUGCA